AUGGCCGUCGAGAAACUCAACAAGAAGCAAAAGAAGUCGAACGAGUUCAGGAACAAGAAGAGAAAACUCGACGACUCUAUCGCCGACGUCCCCGAGGACGAUGACAACAACACCAACGACGACGCCAAGGAGGACAAGAAGAAAGAGAAGAAGGAAAAGAGCAAGGAAGCACCUAAAGAAUCCGAGGAUGGAGCAACGGCCGACGGCAAGAAGAAGCGUAAAAGAGGCAAGGGUGCCGCCAAGGAGGAGGCACCUGCUACUGGAGCAGAGGGAGCAGUGGAGGCUAAGGAGGGUGAAACUGCUGCUGUUAAGGCUGCACCCAAGAACCAAAAGUUCAUUGUCUUUGUCGGCAACCUUCCCUACAAUAUCACCAAGGAACAAUUGGAGAAGCACUUUGAGAGCUGUGGCAAGAUUUCGUCUGUAAGAAUCCAGACUGAUAAAGCAACUGGAAAGGGCAAAGGGUUCGCAUUUAUGGAGUUCCCCGAGCCAGAAUCUAUGCAGAAAGCAUUGUACUUCCACAAGACGCUGUUCAAUAAGAGACCCAUUAAUGUGGAACUGACUGCAGGGGGUGGAGGAAACAAGAGUGCUACCAGGAAAAAGAAGAUUGCAGAUAAAAACGAAGCCUUGAACGAGGAGCGCCGCAAGGUCCAUGAGAGGCACAUCGCACCGGCAAAGGAGGCCAAAUCAUCUUAUGCUGCUGCAAACCCACCAGUGGUCCAGAAGGCUCCCCCCAAGGUGUUCAAGAAGCCCGCAGAUAUGAGUGACGCCAACGCGAUCAUUGUUGAUGGACUCUCAGCGCGUCUUCGUCGCGGAUAG